AUGGCCACGCGCAGGUGGCGCACCAAAAGCGACCACGCGCAGGAGCACGUCCCCGAGGACCGGAAUGUCGUGGGCGAGGUUGUCGGCCCCUAUAUUGUCGGUGACGAGCUUGGCCGCGGGUCAUCUGGCUAUGUGAAGCGCGCCAUCAACUCCGAAAACGGGCACUUCGUGGCCAUCAAGCAGUUUCCCAGGUCGAUCUUCUCGCCGGAGCAGCUGACCCUGGGCUUUGCCACCGCGCAGUUUCGCGUCCUCGAGGCGGAGAUCGAUUCGCUCCAGCGCCUGGCGCACCAUCAGAACAUCGUCCGCGUGCUGGAUGUCAUCCGCGGCCCGGCCUACUUGAACUUGGUCCUGGAGUAUGUCGAGAGCGGCUCGGCCGCCCAGAUCAUCGAGAACUUCGGCUUCUUCCCGGAGCCCCUGGCCGCAUUGUACAUCUCCCAAUCGCUGAAG